AUGCCUGUAACCCUUCCUUUUGCGGCCACAUCAGGCUCAAGACUUCUCGACCGUAUCCAAGAGGACAUAGCCAAGGCCAAUGAUCAGCGCGUCAGUACUGAGCUCGUAAUGAGGUACACUUGCAGCCCUGAAGAGUUCCACGACAUUGAAGAUUUCCUCGAAGAGUCAGUUUGCAAACGGGUUUUUUUUGACGCUGCCGAACACUGCCUUCGGUUUAUUCUGAUGCCAACUGUCGUACACGGUGUUUGUGGCGCUUGGCUCUCUGGUUGGGCCUCCCAAUUCCCUGCAAAAGUGAAAGAGCAUCUCCGAGUCCAAUCAGAAACGGAUGUGAACGAACUAGGAAUAGAUGGCAGAAGCAAGAAAAUACCAGAUACCACAGUCUAUGUCGAGCGGCGGGUAAUGCCCACGAUCGCCUUAGAAGUCGGAUACUCUGAGUCCUACGAUGACCUUAUUAACGAUGCCACCCUUCUCCUUGAAGGAUCUCGCGGCCGCGUCGGUAUCGUCAUCCUCAUCAAACUCGCCCCCCUUACAGCACUCCAGCAAUCAGUCCAGUCUGGGUUCGUCGAAAUGCAUACCUAUGACAAAGACACCAGGAAACGCGUGAAGUUUGGAUCUCGAAUGCGCCUCUUUCCUCCCACCGUCAAGCAUAAUCGACAAAAUAUCACUUUACAAUGGAAGGCUGUUCUCCGUGAACAAAGAAGCAAGAUCGAUCCACCGACCGAAAGCCCGCCACCUCUCAAGCUGGAUGAGUUGCGAAGGCUGAUUGACCAGGCCGCGAUGCAAGCAUAUCUAGGACGCACAGGUGAAACUGCUCAGGCAGAAGAAAAUGCAGACAUUUUUUAA